GGAAUGUUUAUUUUAAAUAACGCGUGUUGUGUUUUCCCUUCAGGUAGACAUAGAUCAACACAAAGAUGAAUAAAAUUAGACCAGACGAGAGACCAUUAUUAUCAAGGGUAACACAGUUCCAUGCGUUCAGUCUUUUCAAAUGACCUUCGGCUACUAAAUCUCCAAAGGCAAACACUGAUGGCGGGUAAGCAACAUGAUUUAAGUGGUUGUAUGUUUGAAGUUCAUGGUAAAGUUCAAGGUGUAUUUUUUAGAAAGUAUGCGGCUGAAUUCGCUAAGGUAAAUGGCCUUGUCGGCUGGAUUAUGAAUACUGAAAGUGGUACUGUGGUAGGUGAAUUCGAAGGCCCAAGUGUAAGUGUCGAUGCAUUUAAACAUUGGCUUCGCAACAUUGGAAGUCCUAAGUCGCAAAUUGACAGGUGCCAGUUCAAGAACGAAAGAAGGAUAUCUCAGUUACAUUUCGAAAAUUUUAAUAUACGUCGCUAGUCCAAACAUACUCUUUGGUUCUUUUAAAUCCAAUAAACAGCAACAUAUAACCGUCCGCUAGUGAACAACAACUGGACGUGCGUACAAAUUGUGAUGUAUUUAAUUGGCGAGACUAUAAAUUAUAGUCUCACCAUCAAUCUUUUGAAUAAAAAGAAAGUUUGUAUACGAUAUGGAUGACUGAGAAACUUUAGAACUUUGGACAACAACGUAGCGCAGUAAGCGCUUCCCCAUAAUCAUAGUUCACUGAUAGAGGGACAAGAAAAAGAACGUAGACCAAUGGGGAUGAUUGUCAGAAAAGCUUAUAUCAAUAAAGGCGAUGAUUAGAAGAGGGA